GGUUUUGCACUGCCGCUGACAGCCAACUCCUGGCCGAGGACGUGGACACUCAGGCUGAGACCCAGGGCCGAGAGGGACCCUGUUGCGGCUGGGGGAGCAGGAGUGGGGACUACCUGCCUCCCUGGGUCUCCAUCCUGGGGGCUGGGAGGCCUGGCCCCCGGAGCUCAGGGCCCUUGGUCUUGGGUGGGGGCCUCCGAGAGGCAGUGGGUCUGGUAGUCACCGAGUGUGGUCCCACCCAGAGCACACGGGGAGCUCACCCUCUCCCAUGGCUGUGGCUCUGCUUGGCCGAAGGCCCACACUGCGCCCUCUGGAUGGGCAGUCUUUCGCUGUGUCCCCGAGAUAAUAAGAGCUCCGGCCCAUGUGAGGUGGCCCUCCCCUGGGCCAUCUGGGCACAGGGCUGGACGUCUCCUUCGCCUGCAGCCGGGGCCCAGCCGAGGAGGCCCUGGCCCCGCUGUGCCUCACAGCCUGGCGUGGCUCCAGGGCUGGGGCUCCCCUGGGGCGGGGACAAGGACAUCCUGACCUACUCUCUGGUCCCCUGCCCAAGCCCGCCCACCUCCCAUCUCCCUCCCCAGGAGGAAGGCCAGCCCACCUCUGCAGCCCGUCUUCUCUGGCAGGUCACCAGGACGUCUGUGCCCACAUGCCCUCCCUGCAGAGGGCGGGUUUGGGGCAGGGGAGCAGCCCACUUCCUGGUUUCACUACGCGGGGAUUGGGUGGUGGGGUCGGGGUCUGGCCCUGCAAGUGGCUCUCCAGUGUGGCCCUAGAGGUGGCAGGGUGGGCUGGGAAGUCCCAGCUGAACGGGCCCUUGAGGGCCUGUGUCAUGACCCCCUUCUCACCUGCCUCUAGGCGCCGGGCCAGGCGGCUUCCUGAGGUUCAGGGGCCUCGAGAGACACUUCUGCCUCCGGGCCAAGGACGUGUAGCUGUGGGUCUGUGUGUGAGGGUCAGCGUCUGGUGCCGCUGUGGGAAGACCCCGGCUGCCAGCACACGGAUGGCGGGAAGAGGGAGAGCCGGAAGCUGGUGGCUGCAUAGCCAGGCCUCCCGACUGGAGCCGAAGUUUGUAGCUCUGGGAGUACGUGCCACCUUGGUGGGGCACCCAGGGCUGGGACGGCCCGGGGAAGAGGCUGGGGCACUGAGGGCAGCCCGGCCACUGGCCCGGGGUUGGUCGGAUGCUCGUGUGGAGGCUGGGCCGGCACAGUCCGGGCUCCUCUUCGGGGGGCCCGCCCCCACCCUCCACGGAUGGCCCUGCGCCGGCAGGACAGUGAGUCUGGUGAGGGCCUCCCUGGGCCGGGAGCCCCUGUCCUCAUGCCAGGCUCUGAGCAGAACCCCCGUCCUGCCCCAGCUGCUCAGGCAGCCCCUCCCCUGGCCUGAGAGCACAGCGGGCUUCCUUCCUCCUGCAGUAGCUUCCCUUCCCAGGGCCGGCAGUGGCAAGGAUUUCUCCCACAAACAGCCCGGCCCCUCGGCCUUGCGGCUUCCUGGAUGCCACCAGCCUCAGCUGCCUCCCUCCUCUGUCAUUCCCUCCAUGGGUCCCGCCAGGACCCUGGUGGCAUCAGACCCACCGCUCUAUGUCUCUUGGCAACAAACACCUGGGGUCCUCUCCGUGGGGUUCCCAGAUGAGCUGAGGGCUGCUGGAGCCACCCCCUCGGAGGAGGGCCCAGCGGUCCCUGGGGCGCUCCAGUCUGGUGUGGACUCUGGCCAGAUUUAGCAAAUAAAAAUACAGGACAUCCAGUUAGGUUUGCGCUUCAGAUAAAAAAAUGAAUACUUUUUUGACAUAAGCGUGCCCCAUCCGAUAUUGGGGACCUGGUCUUUGGUAUCCAGGCCUUCCUGGGGCCUCUCAGAUUCCAGGUCAGCAAAGCAGACGCGUGGAGCCGGGAGGCUGCCCAGACCCCGGCAGUGUCUGUGAGGGCCACCUGGAGCGCGAGCCCGCGGACCGCUGACCCGGUGGCAGUGGGGAUCCAGCACCUGCCGCCCCCUGGAUGUUCAGUGUGGUGCGGUUCACACUCACCCCUGCACCCCUGCACCGCUCUGGGCGAGUAACCCUGUACCCGUUCUU